UGAUGAUGCCUGUAAACUGGCGUCCCUCAUGUACUGUAUCAUGAGAAUAAAUUUAUUUAUUUAUUUAAGUGGGUGAAGAUAAGCUCCCGUAUGGAGGAUGAGGGUAUCGAGCCAAAGUUUGAUGAUAUCCUGAAACUGGUAAAUACUAGUGUCAAUCAAUCUAUGAGCAAGUUUGCCAGUCUAUUACAUCUCACCCCUAGAAUAGAGCAGUCUGAGAUCAAAAUGCAAUCAUUGAUGACGAGUAGGCCUCAGAGAGGUGGAUAUCGAGAAGGCUCCAUGAUGUCUAGUAAUGCAUAUAGACCUAAUGAGUGUAACAGGUUUCGUAGUACAUCCUCAACAGAUAAGUUACAAGAUGCAAGACAAACACGGUUGUGUUUUACACGUUUGCAAGAGGUGCAUACAAAGGUGGGCUGUGAACCAGUGAGCAAGUUCAGUGAUAAGCUAAACGUAAACUCCAGGCCUGACUCCGAAUUGUGUGACGAUAACGGUGUGGUAAGGAAGCCUGUAGUUGCAACUGGUAAGCCAUUGUUGAAUAGAGUGUCACAGAAUAGAGUUACUGCUUCAGAGUGCAGUUCUGACUCCACAAGUUUACAAAGUAUAACUAGUCAGAGUGAAGAUAUAAAACCUUUAAUGAUUUGUGAGGAGGAACCAAAAUUGUCUACUGCUGUUAACAAAUAGUUUGAAAAUGAUGAACUUGACGGUAAAUUGAAUAUUUGUGAUAAUGAUCAUGAUACUUCACAGUUGUAUUUGGUUGAUCAUGAUGAAAUGAGGGAUAUGCCUACUACUGCUAAGUUAAUUAAAGGUUCUGUACAACUACAACGUGAAGUAGAAUUGAACGCAGAUGCAGUUCCAGAAGGUGUGCAUACUUGUGAGACAGUCAGUGUAAUUGAUCAGCGUGUAGCCCACCUAUCAUCAGAUGCUAUUGCUAAACCAGAGCUGAUAGUAAAAGACAACAGUGGUAAUCUUGCAGUCGGACAACUAUCUGAAAGCCGAGCAACAACAGCUUCUGAUCCACCGCUAAGUUCAUCACCUUGUGUCAUUCAGUCGUCGUUGGUGUUUACAUCCACAAUGAAAAAGACGCCCAUGAACUCAAGUAUCUUGUGCAAUGACUAUGCUAGUAUCAGUUCGUUUGAAAGGACGAAUAUCAAUGGUCAGUUUAGUGAGAAUAAGCCAAGUGUAAACGAGAGAGUAAUUGUUAAAUUGACUUGCAUGAAUAAAGGCGUUUCUAGUUUCAAGUUACUAUUUGAAUGCUAUUAUCUUUGGUGUAAAUUACUCUGUUUCUACACUUGGCUGAUGAGAUAUGUCGUGUGUUUGUUCGUCAUCUAUAUUCUACGAUACAAUGACAUGGGUGUGUUGCCGUUCAGAUUUGAGGAUAUAGCUGAUAGAAGGAAGUCAGCAAAUGAACUCUGCGACGAUUUUCCAACCUAGGGCGUCAACCUGAGAAUGGUUGUAGGCGUACUGCUGUAAGUCCU